AAUGGAGGAUGUGAACAUACUUGUGUAAAUACUAUUGGUAGCUAUUAUUGCCUCUGUAAUGACAGUUAUGUGUUGAAUUACAACAGACACCAGUGUGAUGAUGUCAAUGAAUGUGCUAAUGGUAACAAUGCAUGUAACCACAUCUGUGUCAAUACUAUUGGAUCAUACUACUGUGACUGCAAUACUGGAUAUCAUCUUAUAAGUAAUCAAAAAUACUGCAUAGACACUAACGAGUGCUCGACAAAUAAUGGUGGCUGUCAGCACCGCUGUCGUAAUACAGUGGGAAGCUAUUAUUGCUCUUGUUGGAGGGGACAUUUUUUAAAUGCUACUGAUGGUCACAGUUGUGAAGAUAUUGAUGAAUGUGCCUUGAACAGUGAUAACUGUUGGCACAAUUGUAGCAAUACAAUAGGAAGCUAUGACUGUAGCUGCAGGACAGGAUACAUAUUAGACUCUGAUGGUUUCUCAUGUUUAAACAUUAACGAGUGUGAAAAUAACAGUAGUGGAUGUGAACAACGUUGUAUAGAUACCACUGGAUCUUAUUACUGUGAAUGUAAUGUAACUGGCUAUGCUCUUGAUGUAGAUAAUCAUGGAUGCUCACGAAAUUGUAACACUGAUCCUGAUGCCUGCCAGCAAAUAUGCAAUAAUGAUGGUGACUCCUUUAACUGUUCAUGUUAUCCUGGUUACAGAUUAGCUGAUGAUGAGAGAAAUUGUCAAAUGAUCACCUUAUGUUCUGAAAGUGUAGCAAACUGUAGUCAAGUUUGCACUAAUACAAAUAAUAGUUUUAUUUGUUCAUGUAAUGAUGGCUAUGAACUCCAAAAUGACAAUGCUACAUGUCAGGAUAUUGAUGAGUGCAUUAACAGUGAUUGUGAACAUAACUGUACCAAUACUGAUGGAAGCUACACUUGUUCAUGUUAUAGUGGCUACUCCUUAGAUAGUAAUGGGAAAAACUGCUCAGACAUUAAUGAGUGCCUUAAUGAAAAUGGAGGUUGUGAACAUAAAUGUACUAAUCAAAUUUCUUCUUUUGAAUGUUCAUGCAAUGAUGGUUAUGCAUUAGAAAACAAGAAAUUUUGCUCAAAUAUAAAUGAAUGUAAGGAAGAAAUAUCAGGUUGUUCACAAUUAUGCACUGAUGAAGAUGGAUACUAUAACUGUAGCUGCUUUGAUGGUUAUUUACUGGAUAAAGAUAAUCAUAAUUGUACUGAUAUUAAUGAAUGUAUUGAUAAUAAUGGUGGAUGUGAAGAAAUAUGUGUAAAUAUUGGUGGAA